AUGGGCGGGCCGUCGUCGCCCGCGGACGACGCGUACAGCCACCCGCUGCUGGCGCGGCUGCUGCACUCGCUGCCCCACGUCAACGUCACCUUCUAUCGCGUGGGGUCGGACUUCGAGCCGGACGAUCCCGUUUAUUUGGAGAGUCUCGGCAUCCUAGGCUCGAUACCGGCAGCAUGGCUCAUCCUCACGCUGCUGGUCCUCCUCAUCUACCUGCUGACGAGAUGCUGCGACCGCAAGCCGAGAAAGUCGCGCUCCAUCGCUGCCAUGAAGGUGACCUUGGCCGUGGUGGCGGUGCUGUGCUGCGCCGCCGUCGGCGUCGGGCUGUACGGCAACGACGACCUGCACCACGGCGUGGGCAGGACCAUCGACGAGGGCAAGCAGGUGGACGUGCUGAUAUCGAAAAUCAGGAAUCAAACAGAGGAUAUUGAGCGUCAAUUGCGUAUCCAGGCCGACAGACAGAUACGCGAUCUCUACAAUAUAUUCCAGGAGCCUGGCAAAAACCAGACUUUGUUCAGACAAGUCAAUGCUUACUUCAAGAAGGUUGUAGACAACCGCAACCUGACGGCCAACUACGCCAAAGACAUCCGCCACCCCCUAGUCGGCCUCAACCUCACCUCGGCCAUCGUGCUCGGCGAGCGCCUCGAAUCCUACCGAUGGCCCGCCACCAUGGCCGCCCUCAGCUGCCUCCUCCUGCUCUGCGUCGUCCUGCUGGUGGGCGUGGUCAGGCACCACCGUUGCGCGCUCAUCCUCUUCUCGGUGUGCGGGCUGCUGGCCGUCAUAGCCUCCUAUCUGAUGGCGGGUUUGUAUGUGUCGUCGGCGGUGGCGCUGGCCGAUCUGUGCAUGGCGCCGGAUAAGUUCGUGGAGAGUCGGGCGAGUUCGAAUCUGAGCAAGGAGAUUUUGAAGUACUAUACGAGCUGCGAGCGCGCCAGGGCGAAUCCGUUUACGCAGCGGUUGCGGGAGGCUAAGCAGGCGGUGGACAACAUGCGGGUCAAUUUAAACAGCAUGUCGGAGCCGGCCAAGUACCUCUUCCCCCGUCAGGGCGUCGAGACGAAGAUCAGCUCGCUGAAGAACGACAUCAACGCCGCCGAGAAGUUCAUCGACUCGCUCACCACCUUCGUCGAUUGCCGCUCGCUGCAUCUGCACUAUUUGAGAGGGGCGCGCGCCCUCUGCAACACGGGCUUGUUGGGACUCACCCUGAUGCUGGGCUCGGCCGUGAUGGCCGGCUUUCUCUUGACCAUUCUCGUGUGGGUCGAUUCGCACACUUGGAUCUACAUCCGGAAGAAGAAGGACUACCAGCAAGUGACGGAGACGGACCCCUAUCUGCCGCCGCCGCAGGCCAGCCAGGCGAUCGCCGCCAGGACGUUGCAGCGCAGCCAAGGGUCGUCCCACCCCCCCGACACUCCCCCGCCCAGCUACACCGCCGCCUUGCUGCACCGCCGCCCGCCGCCCCUGCAUGCCACCGCGCCCCCGCAUGAGGCCGACCUCUUACUAGACGGAUGCGACAUGCGGCCCGGCGAUCACCAGCGAGCCUCCCACAUGGCCCACCUGAGGGGCCACACGCUGGGCCGGCUGCCCUCGCACCACCACGACCCGUCCCUGGCUGGGCCGAACAACGGCAAGUACGCCACGCUCAGCAAACAGUGCAAGACGUUGGAGAGCUCCGACUUCUACUGAGAUAAGUCUGCCUGCAAGGAAUUCCCAAACUUCAAAGGCUUCAAGUUCGACCACCGCCACCAGCACCAACACCACCCCCACUCCCAACGCACCGCCAACAUCCAGAAGUACAGCUCGCUGGGACGCCGACCGCUGCCGCAGACGCCUGACGAGCGGGCGAGGAAGCAGCCGGCGGCGCCCAAGGUGCCCUCUGGCGGCGGCGACGUCAGCGUCGAGACGCCUCUCAACCCGGCCAACUUCCGGUCGCUGCAGCGCGGCGCCUGGCAGGAGGGGGGUGGAGUGGUCGGAGGGGGCUGUGGAGGGCGAGCGAGCGUCCAGUUCAGGUCUCUGCAAAGGGGCGCCGCUGCUCAGCCCGUCCAGUUCCGGUCGGCGAAGAUUCAGGACCAGGCGCAAGGUGAGGUUAUGUACGCGAACAGCGAGAGCGAGCGACAGUUGUACGCUGUCACCGAGCUCUAAUUCUUCUUCCAUCGCCUUUGGGAUAUGCAGGCAGACAAAAAACAAAUCGGAUCGUCGUUUAUCUAUCGUUUGAUUGUAUUUCGAGGGUCUCUCGAUGGGACUGGUACUGACAUGGACGUAAAAAAGAAAUUGCUGAUAUGUCAUUUUUACAUCCAUAGGUACGGACAU